CAACCGGGUAUAGUCCCUCCUAGAUAUGCGGUGUUCAGAAGCAGGUCGCUCAAGCUGCAGCAGUUUGGCUACAAGUUUGCUGCUCACUCGGACAUCAUGCAGUUCAUGACAAUUUGCGGAUGGAACACCGGCUUAGAGGAUAUCUCGCUGGACUGGAGCUUUCUCGAUGAUCCAGAGACACCUUUGAUUGCACCUUUCCUCGCCGGCACUCGCGAAUCCCUGCGCUCGUUGACGUUCAAUGUGGCUGGCCCGCAUCAACCGCAUGAACGCACCAUCGACGAUAUAGUACUCACAGGCAGUCGCCACCUCACGACGCUGACUAUCUGGUUGGCCCAAUCUGUCAUGAAUGUGCAGGGCUCGGGCAAGUAUUGGAUGGCGCGCCUGUUGUCCCACAUCAAGUCGGAAGUCGUUCGCGAUGUGACAAUCGUCUUGGAUACACACGAGGACAGCUGGCAACAAGAAGAGAGGACGAUCAAAGUGGCCAGUCUGACGGAGCGCCUGCCGAUGGAUUCGUACAGGUGGGUCGAUUCGGACCCCGCUCGUCAUCUGAGCAAGCACCGCUGCAGCCAGAUCGAAGAUGUGCUGCUGCUUCCGCAAUAUGCGACGAUACCGUCAAGAGAACAGCGGUUCUCUGUCCAUAGGCGAGACGCAGUGGUCGACGGUCAUGCAAGCGCGCUUUCCACGAUUGCACAAGCGAGGGCUUCUGUU